AUGGGAUGUAUGGAAUUCUUUAAAGACUUUAUUCUGGGUUUCUGGGACUAUGAGACCCCCAAAAUUAUGGUGGUAAAGAACAAAAAACUGGGUGUCAUUUACAGAGCUGUGCAACUUCUGGUCCUUACAUAUUUUGUCUGGUAUGUAUUCAUCAGUCAGAAAGCUUAUCAGGACACUGAGACACGGCCAGAGAGUUCAGUCUACACUGAGAUGAGAGGAGUUGCCACGAUGGGAGACAUUGUACGAGACACAACCGAGUAUGUCAGACCGCCUGAGGGUGGUGACGUCAUCAGCUCAAUACUGAGGAGGGAUGUGACAUACAAUCAGAAGCUGGGCACGUGUGCUGAGCAUUUCAGUGUCCCCACAGCAAACUGUACAUCAAAUGCCGACUGUGUUCCAGGUGAAAUGGACUUUGAUGGCAAUGGUGUAAGAACAGGACAAUGUGUGCCUUACUACAAUUAUACCUUCAAAACAUGCGAAAUCCGAAGCUGGUGCCCGAUCGAGGACUAUGCUGCUGUGAGGGAACCACCAAUGGAAGAAGCCAUAAACUUCACUGUCUUUAUAAAGAACGCCAUCCAUUUCCCAAAGUUCAAAGUUCUCAGAAUAAACAUAAAACCGAGGAAGCCAAAGAAGCUCCUGAAGUGUCACUAUCACCCCGAGACGAACCCGUACUGUCCUGUGUUUAGACUGGGCUACAUCGCCGAACAAGCCAGAGAACAAUUCAGCGAACUCUGCCGAACUGGAGGAGUGAUCGGGGCGUUCAUCAACUGGAAAUGUGACUUUGAUGUCGACCCGUCUGAGUGUGUUCCUACUUACUCCUUUAGGAGGAUGGACAUGAAAAAAACCCCAGCAAGCACCGGCUACAACUACAUGUUUGCCAAAUACUACUACAAGGACGGAGUGGAACACAGAUCACUGAUCAGAGCGUACGGGAUUCGUCUGGAUGUCAUCGUACAUGGACACGCGGGAAAAUUUAGCCUCAUCCCGACCAUAAUCAACGCGGUUACAGCCAUGACGUCAGUGGGAAUAUGCUCUAUGCUGUGUGACUGGAUCAUGCUGACGUUUAUUGACAAGAACGAGGUCUACAGCGGGAAAAAGUUUGAUGACGUGACUAAAGACCCCAAGCCACCAGUCAUGGCAGAGCUCACCCUCACAAGCUAUGGCUCCACCCACUCUGACCUCUCAGAUGGCGUCCCAUUGUGAGACUUCACCUCUUACUGCCCUGGACUCAUGAUGCCAUGCAAAAAACAACCCUGAUAGUGACCAGACCACCGAUCAGGAACACAUUUCAAUGUGAAGGCUUAGAUGAUGGAGACGCCUCCGGACUGAAAUGCACAAAGCCUGUUAGAAAGCUUCAGCUUAUAGUCUGAUUUUAUUGUACAGCCAGGAACACACAUAUCACACAUAUCACUUCAUCAAAACUCAAUAAAAUAAUACGA